GCGGCUGUCGCCGUGGCAACGCGGCGCUGUUGGGCGGCGGGCGCGGGCGGCAGGUGCCUUGAGAAGCAAUGGCCACAGCGGCUCUGCUGAACUCAGCACCAUCUCCUCUCUGCUUCCCUUCAAGCACAGCAGCCUCCUUCCUGUGGUCGGACACCACCACCAUGCACGUCACCAGGCCAAAAUCUGCCAAGGGGCGCACCAGGUCCAGCUUCAACUACUCUCAGAGCACGGAGGCCUGUCCUUGCCACGUGCCAUCUUCACCUCCACCACCAGCUCCUCACCAGCUAGUGAGCAGCCGGAGAGCGUUGUUCAGGAAACCAGCAUUCCCAACCAGCCAGGUGUCUCCUGAGGAGAUCCCAGAGCUCCUGCAGCACGUGCCUUUGAGGACCUCCUCUUCCCUGAACAAGUACAGGGUGCUCCCCUCCAUCGGCUGCAAGGGCGCAGGGAGCAGCACUGUGGAAGCAGUGGCUGAACAGACCGACCGGCUGACGGUGAGUGGGAAGCGGGAAGACAUUCCAAAAGGGAAAACUCUUCCUGGAGAACAAGGAUCUGCCAGCAUGUUGUUGGAGAGCUCACACAAGCAAUGUCCUCCUGAGAAGCCAGGAGGGAGAAUGAGCCCUUCAACAUCAGCUUUGGGAGGUUUGGAAGAGCUGCCAAAGGAAGAGCCGCACUUGCUGCUCGCUGUUCGCUCGCCCUCCGGGCAGAGGUUUGAACACCAUUUCCAGCCCACUGACAGUCUGCAGACGGUCCUUGCCAUGGCAGAGCAGAAAACGUCAGCCACGUACAAGCGCUGCAGUGUUGAAACGAUGGAGGUGCCCCGCAGGAGUUUCUCUGACCUGACGAGGUCCCUCCAUGAGUGUGGGAUCCUGCACAAGUCUGUGCUGUGCAUCCGACAGAAGGAGCAGCACGAUGCUGACCUUUAGGGUCCUUCUGCUGAGUGGGAUCCAUCACUUCACCUGAAAACUCAAGAGUUUGAUGUUUCCUGGGCCUACUUCUUCAUCUUGUCACCUUCCAGACCCUCCCUGGGAAGCAGACUUGUGUAUAUGUGUCGAGAUGGUGUUUCAGGUGUAUGUACCUGCUACGUAAACAGCACCUUUGUCCACGUGUGCCAUCACAAAUUGCUUCCUGAGCACCACCCCCCUUCGUUUGUUUGAAGUUGCUGAUGUUUUCCUCUGAAGACUGAUGUUUCCAAGAGUCCUCCAUUUGUUCUUUCCAGUGUUUUGGGAAGGUACCACUUCCCACAGUGGAUCUGGAUGCAGAAGCACCUAUUGGGGAAGGUAGAAAGGGAACUGGUUUACUCUGAAGGACCAUCUUCAGUGGGUUAUCAUCAUCCUGAACACCUCGAGAGUGACUGAGAUGGAGCUCAAGCCCCCAAACCAUCCAGAAACAACUGUAAUAACCUGUUAAUGCAUGAUGGUGAAGUAUUAAAUGGCUUGACUGAUGGUGAAACACUUGGGGGGCUCAGCCCUCAGUAACCUCAGUGCAGCUUUGAGGAGUGUGACUACAUCGUCCUUUUUGGAACAAACAGUUGUUAUUUUGCCUGUGUUGGUGAGCACCAGGAUUUUCCACUUAGUUUUCCUUCUCUCCUCCAACUCGUGUGAUCCAUAGGUAAGAAUAGAUGGAUAGUUAUGGUGGGAUGUUACAAAACACUUCCAUUUAGCCCCUUUACACUGAAAUGAGUUAGGCCAAGAAAGCAAGUGCUGCCUUGGGAUUUGCCUGAGGACUGGGCUCAUGCAGCAGAGCAGGUUUUACCAAACCAUCGUUAAAUAAAGGCUCACGGGGUGAUUUUAGCAGGUUUUAGUCAGUACAACAUGUUUGUGCUAAACAAACCGGAUCUUCUAGGUUUCUAAUGGAACUUCUUACGGUUCAGUGCCAAACCAAUCCAGAGCAGUAGAACCAGAGCAGUGGCAGAAUGCUGGUGCUGGCAUUGACCAAGUGCAUCUUGUCCUAAAGCAAGUGUCCAGUGGCUCCCUACACAUGGUACCUGGUGAAAUGGUGUGUGUUUGUUACCUACUGCUGCAGGUGGCUGUGCAGCAGCAACCCUGGUGGCUUCAGGGAGGGAGCAGGACAGUGAAACAUCUGGGUUUCAAUGUCUUUUAGGCAAACCUCAGUGGGGGGGAGCAAAGUAUUUCACUGUGUUUCAGGAACAGGAGCUGGUUUGUGUGUCUCAUUCAGUGUCAGGUGAUUAACUCCCUCCUCCUCGUGGUGUGUGUGUUACUGCUGCAUUUCAGAGUGUUUUCAUGCUGUGUGGUAGUGCAAUCAAUAAAACCUUUUAGGCUGAAA